AUGAUGAAUUUCGAUAAUCUCUUUCGACGUUUUAUAUUAACUCAAUCAUUUGUACGUGGUUGGGGAAAUCCAUUUCAUUUACAAGAAAUUUUUACCUAUCGACAUGAAAAAAUUGGUCUAAGAGAUGAGUGUUUAGAACUUAAACAAAAAGGUAAUCAGAAUUAUCUAAAUGUUCGAUUUCGUUUACCACUUGCCAAUUAUUUACCACAUUUGGUUUCAUCUCAAGUAGCUACAGCUCAUUUUCAACAUGUUCUAUCACGUGAUCAUCGUUUUGGUAUUGAUUCAAUCCCAAUAGGAAUUUGUUAUGCUGGAACAGGUGAUCAUGGUUUUAGUCGACGAAGGUUAUUUACUGCAGUUCCAUUAAUUAAUCAAUAUCCUAUAGGUUCAAUUCUUCUUGAAAAUCCAUAUUAUGGUUUAAGAAAACCACCAGAUCAAUCUCGUUCAUCAUUAUUAUGGUCUGAUCCACCUUCUCGACAAUUCUAUAAAAAUAAAGCCUCUCAAACAUUUUAUGAUUAUUUAUGUGAACGAAAUCGAUCAAUAGAUUCAAAUAAAAUUGUUCUCAAUCUUAUUAAAGAUAUGAUGCAUCUUCUUAUGGAUGAAUUUACAUCUUUAUAUAAUUAUUCAUGUUCAGUUCAAUCAAAUAUAUCUAAUGCUAUGUUUAUUGCUUGUACACAUGAUGGUUAUGUAUUACGUGAUGGUAUUCCACAUAUGAAUGAUGUAUGGCCUGGUAUUCAUAUUCGAUAUAUUCCUCAUGGACAUGUUAGCGCAUUUUUAUUUAAUCAAUCAGGUUUUCAUCAUGCUGCUGCUGAAAUGUUACAACGACAAGAACCAAAUGUAAAACUAAAAAAACAUCUAAUCGUGUCACCAAUUUCUGUCACUACACCUAAAAAUUCGUGA